GUGCAGUCGUUUCGUUCGGUCGUUCUAACGCUAGAAUCGCUCGCUUAGCUUUGGCCUACUGUAAGGACAAUUCACCAAUUCCCACACACACACGCACACACAAACGUACUCACACACACAUCCACACGCGCGCUGUAUUGGUGUAUGUGUGUGUGUGUGUGCUUUAGGUGCGGCAACGAGUCGAAAGUAAAAGUUGUUCAAUCUGUAAAAGUUCACCAAUUGGAAUACGUAAUAUUGUGUGAAACUGUGAGAACAAAAAAAAACACCAAAGGAGUAAAACACCAAUUACAACAUUAACAACAAACGACAACAAGAGCAACAACGUUUGAUAUCAGACCACAAUUAUAAAAGCUGCUGUCGACGCAAAAGGACACACACCAAAAAAAAAAUAAAGAACAAUCGCAAUCACAGUUUUGCCGGCCGGGCAAGAGCGGCAACGGCCGCUAAUGAAGAUGAAGUGAUAUCCAGAGAUAUCGUGUUAAAGUGGAAUUAAAUAGAAUAUAAAUCGCUGGAAAAAUGACGGCGAUUUCUCAGCACCAGCCGAGCAGAACAAAUGCAAAGUAGUUUGUUCUGACUAGGAUAAGAGAGAGAGAGAAGGAGAGAGAGUGAAGGACGUGAACUAGGACUACGUUUAGUCGAAGGCCAGCAAACGCAAGCCGAGCAAUUUGUAAGCGGACUUUCGCCAAUUUCACGCAUCAAGCGGCGGCAUGGCAGGCGCUAAUAAGGCGACCAGCCACGCCCCACAGUUGUGCACCCGAGCUGCUGUCAAAAAAAUAACCAUUCUCGACUAGGUUCAAGUGCGCAUAGCCCCCACACAUAGAAGCACUCUCUGAGCCAGUAAGUGAGUGACUUGUGCCCCUGGAACUUGUAACCCCACGCAAAAACGGACGAGUGAAAUAUUAUGGCAACUUUUCAAAUGGAAACGCGCCAGCAUCAGCAGCAGGAGCAGCAACGAACGAAUUUAAAACAACGAGCAGCAGCAGCAACAACAACAACAAAGCGCCAACGACAACAACGGCACACGAAUCCAGUUCACAAUUUGAAUUUGAAUCUGAAACAGAGCUCGCAUUUCGCAACGCAGCUGCUGGCCGAAGCGGAGGCGAAGGCGAAGGCGACAACAUUCACGAAUUGCACACGUCUCCAGCCGACCUGCUCCACAGCACCCUCCACUUCGAGUAGGAGGAACAGCAGCAGGAGAGGCAGCAACAACACCACCAGCAACAGCAACACCAGUAGGAGCAGCAACAACACCAGCAGCAGCAACAGCAUCGGCAUCAGCAUCGGCAGCAAUCGCAACACGAUUGUUGACUGCAGCAGCUGCCAGCGGGCAUUGAUAAUGCUCAGCAUGCUAGUGGUUGUCAUCGUUGUGAUAUCCGGCAAUGGAGUGCUCGCCGCACAGCGUGAUUCGUAUAAAUCGAAGGAUAUGAGCAGCAGCAACAAUGCCAUACCAAAUGAAGGCGAUGCUGCUGCCGCUGCCGCCGCUGCUGCUGCUGGUGCUGCUGCUGCCAAUGGUGUGACCGGAAGCGGAAGCAUGACCAGCACAACCAACAGCAACGGAAGUAACAAAAAUAGCCAUACAGCAAACACUGGCUCAGUGACAACCGACUCGAGUUCGAGUUCGAGCUCAAGUUCGAGCUCGAGUUCGAAUUACAAAUCGAAUGCCAAUGCGAAUGCCGUGACAACGACAACAACAACCAUUAGCGGCAUUCCCAGCAGCAGUCUGCACAAGGGCAACACAAUAGCAUCGCCAGCAUCUGGUUCCGGCAUCAAUCGCAAUAGCAUCGAUCUGAUCGACGAUUCCCGGAACGGUGGCCCAUAUUUUGACAAGGGCGCCUCGAAGAAUGUCACCGCACUGCUUGGCAAGACGGCGUAUUUGAAUUGUCGCGUCAAGAAUCUGGGCAAUAAAACGAUGUUGUUGCAGGUUUCAUGGGUGCGACAUCGGGACAUACAUUUGCUCACAGUCGGACGCUAUACGUACACAUCGGAUCAGCGCUUUCGGGCCAUACAUCAGCCGCAAACCGAAGACUGGAUGCUACAGAUCAAGUAUCCGCAACAUCGCGACUCGGGUAUCUACGAGUGCCAAGUGUCAACAACUCCGCACAUGAGUCAUUACAUACAGCUGACUGUUGUGGAGCCAUCGACGGAAAUAAUCGGCGCACCAGAUUUGUAUAUAGAAAGCGGAUCGACUAUAAAUCUCACCUGUGUCAUACUCAAUUCACCUGAGCCGCCGGCCUAUAUCUUUUGGAAUCACAACAAUGCUAUAAUCAACUAUGAUUCGCCCAGGGGCGGUGUCUCGGUUGUUACCAACAAAGGUGAGACGACGACAUCGUUCCUGCUGAUUAAAUCAGCGCGUCCAUCGGACUCUGGGCAUUAUCAAUGUAAUCCAUCAAAUGCAAAGCCCAAAAGCGUUACGGUACAUGUGCUGAAUGGGGAGUUCCCAGCAGCAAUGCAGCACGCGGCACAAGCACAUCCUCAAAUGUCUCCAAGUCGCUAUCUGUUAGUGUACCUGUUUGUGUGCUUCUGCAGUUUGGCAUUUGCCAGGCGCUCCAUGCGGCCCUCAGUUGUGCAGCUGCGGCAGCGUCGUCGACCGGCCGAAGGAGGCGACGGGGGGAGCGGAGGCGGAGGCGGGAGGAGUAGAAGUUGGAUCAGCAUCAGCAUCAGCGACAGAGUCAAAGCGACUUUGUCGGUAUCCGGUAUGCGACACAUCCUCGAGUGUAUUUUAAGCCUGCUCUCCUCACUGCUCAGCGCCACAUGGCAUUGGCGUUGGCGAGGGCGUGGCCCAAAACUACACCAACAACAACAAUCAGCAGCGACAGCAGCUGCAAUAGCAACAGCAACGACGUUUAGGCAAGUAUAUGAGGCGGACAUAAGGUGAGCAUGCCCCCAGCAGAGAAAGAAAAACAAAAACAAACAUGCGAAGUAAAAAGCAAAUAAAAAACGAAGAAAUAAACUCUUAGACUCUAGACUAAUUUAAAGUAAAUGCAUACACAAAAACCACUCGUACUUACAUACUGAUAAUAUCUUAGCUUAACUCUUUCACACUCACACUCACACACACACAUAUACACACACCAAAGACGACUACAUACAUAAGCUGUAACUAUAUAAUAGUAACUAAUAUGUAUAAUCUAUUGGCUAUUGUGUUUUUCUAUGAAUCCGCGACGUAUACGUAAUAAUUAGCCCAAAAACAAAUAAAGAAGAGAAACAAGGUAAAUAGAAAGCCAAGUUGUCGCCUUUUUUUAAGUACAACUUUGUAUCAUAUUACAACAAACAAAAAAGAAAACUCGAUUUUGUUCUCUUCACUUUUGAGUUUCUUCUUCGCAAAAGUCUUGUAAAUAAAUAAAACGAUAAAAAUGCAUUGCAUACCUACAGGCGCUUGUUCAGUGAAUAUUUCGAUUUAGUUUCCAAGCUUAGUACUAUGUCCAAACAAAGUGAAAACAACUUCCGAUAGACAUUUUCGAGUAGAGACUUUUCCCCCACUCUCCCCCCAUCAGAAACGAACACUGCUCAACUAAAAAACUACGAAAAAAUAAAAAAUUGAAAUUGAAAUGCUUUUUUAGAUGCCACACUGUGACUGUUCCCAAGGCAGAAACUUGUUUUGUACAUUCAAAUAGGCGUAAAUCUAAAUGGAAACUAAAAACAUAUUAAGCAAACAAAACCAAGAAUAAAAACAAAAGAUGCAAAUUUCUAAAUGUUCAACUUCAACUGCGCAGCAAAUUUCAAGUACUGACUAAAGCAUAUAAAAACCACUUAUAUAUAUAAAACUAAAUACUUACAAUAUAAAAUAAUUAUACAAAAAAAUUGAAAUGAAAUACGAAAACACUGUAAAAAUGAUUACACAACACAAGCAGCUAAAGUAAAACUUAAUUCUAGGAGUACCUAGUGGAAAAGUUCGUCUAGCAAGCGUUGAAGCCCGUAUAGUAAAAAAAAAGUGAAAGAAAACAAGAAAACAAAAUGAAAACGAAGAAAAACGAGGUUCAAAAACUUUUCCUGAACAUCAUAGACAUUAAAUCAUUACAAGAAUUAAAGCAAAAUACGGAAGAGAAAGAAGAGAAAUUAUAUAAAUAAUCCUAUCAUAAGUUAUGUUAAUUUUUAAAGUGUUUCUUUAUUGUGUGUACAAAAAUUGCAUAAAUAAAUUAAGCUUAAUUAAAAAGUGCGUUUGGAGUUGCAGAACGGCGCUGAACUGACGGUUAGAUUAAAUAUGAAUGAGAUCAUGUUGCACAUUUCAAAAUUUAUUUGUUGUUAAUGGAUGAAAAAAGAAAAUAUGAUAAAAUAUUAUACCAAUAAGGCAAAAGAAAUUAGUAAAAAGUAUUAAAAAACACAAAAAUGAGAAACGAAUAAACGAAAAACAAAUAGUUGAAAUCAAUAUGCAGCAAACUCAACGCAAGUUUCAAUUAAGUUUCCAAAACUCACACACACACAAUUGUGGUUUUGCAGUUGAUAAUCUGCUCAAAUAUUUCUCAAUCGAGUAUUUCCAAUUCAAAUUCAAAUUCAAACUCAAAUUCGAAUUUCGAUUUUAAUUGAAUAAUUUUGUGCAUUGAAAAUAUAUCUAAAUAUCAAAUGUGUAAGUACAUAUUUCUAUAGCAUUUGAUUUCAAUUAGAGCUCGUAAUGGUUUCUCUGUUUUAUGAACUGCACAAAAUAUAAAUAUUUCAGUUUGCUGUCAAUUCGAUGUCAAAUCAAUAUUGACCCUGGAUGACAUGCUCCUUGAGUACUGUAUAAAAAAUGAUGAUGUGUUUAUUAUCGAUUGGCAUUUAAUGUCAUGGGCAUUAAAUAUGGGCUACCCACUUACACAAAUAUACAAGUAUAUUUAUAAGUCGUUUUGCUUGCAUUUUAUUGCCAGCUACAACUGAUUUGAGGACUUUAUUUCGCUAUGAAUUCCAGAUCAUUUGAGCUCUUCAAAAACAGAAAAAAUAAAACGAUGAACCUAUUUACAAAUCUUGACAAUACUUUCAGCAGAAUUCUAAAUAUACAAAAGCAAAAGUGUUUUGUUAUUCGAAUGUUAUUUACGACCUUUUUAUGGAUAAGACAGACUUCAUUUUCAAACAAUCACAUCACCUUUGUCAUAGUAUAUAGUUAAAAGAAAAAUAUCCACACGUAAAAAACAAAAGAGGAAAAACCAAUUAAAUUCAAUGUUUAUAUAACGAUGUACGCAAUAAAACAAGAAUAAUGAAAAUAAUAAGCAUUGAAAAAGUUUAUACAACUAUCGAUAAAAAAAAAUAAAUACAAAAUCAUGAGAAAACAAAAAAAGCGAACGAAAAAAAAGAAAUAACAUAAAAAAGUUUCAUUAAGCAUGCUUAACGGCAACAAACUAUUCAAACCUAAUUGCGACUCUCAACAGUUUUCAUUAGCUUUUCAAACAACUACAACAACAACAAGAGAAACAACAACAACAACAACAAAGUACAACAAAGCCAACAGAUACAGAUACAAUUACUCAGCUAUUUCGUGUACAGAUACUUUUCGAUAUCAGAUUCUAUAGAAAUUGUUUAUAAAACAACUUGUUCUUGUUUCUCAUGUUAUUUCAACAAUUAAUAGUACAAAAAAGGUGAAUUUUUUGUUUCGUUGUGUUUGUCGAUGGAUUUUUGUGCUUUUCACAUUAUGUACGCAAAGUAUAUAAAAUAAUGCAAAUAUUAAAAUGCAAAUUUAUAUUGGCUUCAUGAAAUUUCAUUUGUGACAAUAUUUUUCGCUUUUGAAAUGAGUUUGAAUUAAUGAAAUUAAUUUCAUUCAUUUGACUUUUUUUAUUUACCCGAAUUUAAAUUUCAACGCUGACUUUAAAAAGAGUUUGUUGUUUCUUUUCGAAUUGAUUUUUCAAGAUUUCCAUAAAACUAUAAAACUCUCUUUCACAGACUUUUACACUACACUAAGCUACAGCAUUAAGAACAGCGAACUAGCAAACUAAACAAAAGAAUUCAUAACGUUUUUAAGAAUCUAAGAUACAACAAAUGAAAUUAAUAAUAAAGUGAAACCGAAAGGAAACUGCAUAAAACUGACGUAAAUAUUGUAUAUGUAAAUGUGUAUUUAUAAUAAUAUUAUUACAUAAAACAAAUGCUAUAUAUAUAUGUAUACAUAAAGUAUAGUCUAUUUAUUAUAAAACAAAAACAAAAAACGAAAAAAAAAACCAAAAUUGAAUUAAUGAUGUUAUUAAAGCUAAAAAAACAGAA